AUGUUAUGUUUCUUGGCAUCUAUCGCCGCUGCAUUUCUCGUCGGAUCACUCGCCGUUUAUGUCCAAGCAAAUCACGUCUAUCCGGUGGAAGCUGGUCCAGGCGAUUUCAUGUAUCAUCAAGAAUUCGAUCGUCCCGAAACGGACAAUAUGACGAUUAUUGCUCUCACUCUUCUCGGAGCUUCAACGUAAGCUUUUCUCGCUAGUCGCGAAAAAUACGUAACGUUUUCUGCAGAUUCAACGAAGUCAUGGAAUUGCGGAAUAAGAGUUUAGAAGGAUCGGCAUCCAAGAAUAUCAAAGUUCAGUUCUUCGUUUCGACAAUGGGAACGUGCGAUAAGAACGUAUCACUUGAGUGCAGAGACUCCGAUUUCAACAUAGCUGAGCAGACGAAAUAUGUAAGUCAUCUGCGAGCGCUAUCUGAACACUUUAUUUUGCAGAUGUUCAAAGUCGAAGCUACUCUCGUCACAAACGACGAUCUCAACCAGAAUUGUCUGGACUCGAGCCGUGAAGAUAUCGUUUCCUACGUGUACUACCCUGGAUACGAAGAGUUAUUGCCUGGUGUAGCCAAGUUCGAGAAAUACAUAGUCGAGUACAAAUGCGUAGAGCGUUCGACUUUUGGAUUCGCUGUGAUAGUUUUCAUCCUCGCAGCUUGCAUUGUCAUUUUCGUUGUUCUUGCUUUCGCGUUUGUUUGCUGAUGUUUUUCGCACUACAUUCUGAUACUUGCAGAUGCUUCCCUAAAAGAAACCGACCGCCUGCCGGUAAUCUUGAUAACAGCGACAGCGGGAGCAGCCAAAGAACCAACGAUACUGAAAUGGUCGAAAUGCCUGCAUCAGAGCAAAACAAUGCUGACAAUCAACCAUUGAUAUCUUUGGGAGAUGAUGAAGGAACCAGCGGGGCGGCAGGCGAGAAGAUACGCGAUGUUCCCGACGCUGAGAAGAGCGACGUGAUUCUCGAAGAGAUUCCCGAAGAGCAUGCGGCCACCACUACACUUACAGGGACGUCCGACUCUAGCACACCUGCAAAAAAUAACGAAAGCAGCAGUACCAAUGAAAACGAUUGACUAUUUUCACAUUUCUGUACAUUUUUUCCAAUCUCUCACAAUUAUUCAUUGCUAUUUUGAUAAUGUAUAUUCUCACUGUACAUUGAACUGCGACAAUGCAUUGUUCAAGAUCUCGAGCCAAGUCUUAUUCUUUCCAAUUUUUAUGUUUUUCCUGGUACUCUCCAUCAUUAUUGACGGUUUUCAGCUGUUAACGUUUAUCAGAAGAUUCAAACACAUUCAAGAUUUCAAAUGAGGUCCUACUUUCUCUGUUCUGUUUCAUUUAGCUAAACUUGGUUCUUUUCCAUCGAUAUUAACGUAUUUACUUUGAGUUGCCUUAAAUCAAAUGGAUCACCUCGUUGUAUGCUGAAUUCAUUUAUUUACAGAUGGGUGACGAGAAUUCCGGUCGAAGGCGACGCAGCAUUCCCGACAUUUUCAGGCAGUCGGAUGAGAGAAUUCAAGCGAUUCUCAACCGUAGAAAUAUUGAAAACGGUGAGAACGACAGAAAAGAAGACUCGGAACUUGAGCUUUCAGACAACAUGGAUGAGAUCGAAGACGAGGAAGUCGAAAUGGAGGAGUCCGAUGAUGUGCAAGCGGAGAACAGUGAGAACGAUGAGGUGCCGGACGACGAGCGAGAUCUGUCGUUUUUGGCUCAACCAAUCUCUCCCGUUGUGAACACCGUGAAUGCGGAAACACAAAUCAGCACAGAGACGGCGACGAAGAAGAAUCAGUCCGGCUGUGGAUUCAGAGAGGUCGCCCACAAGGGAUGUCAGUAUUCUGUCGCCAUGAAAAACAGCGAAACUCAGAUGAGAGCGACGACAAAUGAGCAAGGAGUUCAGCACUUACACACGACUGCCGACGCUGAAUCGCAGUGCACGACUACUGAGUACUGUGAAAAGGCGGUUCAGCACGAGAGGGAGACGGUGUUCAUGAGUGUGCAGACGGAGUACAACACGAGGGAUCAGGAGGUGCAGUGCGACAAGCCGGCAAGCUUGCUUGGUCUUGAGGACUCGACUCCAGAUUUCGAACGCGGAUUCUAUGCGGGAAUUCGCCUAAUGGUGCUUGAGGUAGUCAGUUGGAUCUUACAAUUUAUAACUGUCAACUCUAACCUACGUUUUAGAUGCGCCCCGGAGAUCCAUACGCAUUCAAUCAACUUAUCCAAUGCCCUCAGAGCCUGUAUCUGCCGCCAGGAAACUGCUCUCCACUGCCGGCUUUCUCGAGCUCGAUAUUUCAGCCGACGACACCUUCAUUCACAGACCCUUCAACUUCUGUCCAACAGAACAUCGGUCAAGGUACAUUCGUCAUCAUUCAUUUUCCUUUUGAGAACUAUAAUUUUUCUAGAUUGGGCACAACUGCAAGCCACUCUUGGACAUUUCCCAUUUUCUCAAAUGGCCCAGCAGAAUUUUAGCGCGAUGAAUCCGUUCCAGAUGUUCAAUAACACUCAGCCGACCGACACUUCUAUUAACAACGAGACACUGGAAAAUAUUAUUACUGGUCGAAGAGACAGUAACGCUACGGACGCUAUUCAGCAAAUUGACGAUGUUUUGAUAGGUUUGUGACCGGAAUUUCGCACGAAACAUUCACUUUUAGACAUAGAGACGAUCCGAGAGCCGGAGCCGGAACCAGAAGCACCGCUUCCAACUUCAAACGGAGACGUUCCGUCUCCGAGAUUAGUCAUUUCUGCUAAAAGCACGGGUAAGGAGAACGGCAAUAUCUUCAGUGACGACUCCGACACCGGUCCGUUUGCUCCAUCGACGAAAAGAGGCCGUCCGAAAAACCAACCUGAAGCGAGCUCGGCCGGAGGUUCUGCGCGUUCAGCGACUGAGACUCUGAAGAGAAAGACGCCGGUUCGGAGUAAGGCGCAUCUCGUAAGAUCCAUAAAUGCUGUUGAUUUCAGAACCGACAAAGAAAUCAACAAACGGUACCGGUUCGUCAAGUUACAUAUCGAACGAGCAGAGACGGCUCGAAUCGAAUCUUAACAAUCCGCAGCCAGAACACGAGAAUCGACGAAAGCGUGCGCGAGGCUGCGUCAAACCGAAACAAUGA